AUGGCACCUUCGGCUAUCACAACCACCGAAGAAUACCAGCUUUUGUUGAAAGGCUCUUUACAGUCGAUCGACAAAUACGCCGUUGGUAAUAAUGACAAUCAUGGCGGCUGGAAAUCAAAGCAGUUGAUUGGAGAGGCUCUGAAGAGCCGAGUUGAGGCUAUUGAUCAUGAUACCUGCACCGUUGGCGAUGAAGAUGCCUUCUUCAUUGCUGACCUGGGCGAGGUCUACCGCCAGCAUCUGCGCUGGAAGCAGAACCUAGGCCGUGUCAAGCCGCACUAUGCGGUCAAGUGCAACCCGGACCCCCAAGUUCUCCGUCUCAUGACCGAAUUGGGGCUCGGUUUCGAUUGCGCCUCCAAGAACGAGAUUGAAAUGGUCCUGAAGCUAGGCGUCGACCCCUCUCGCAUCAUCUAUGCGCAGCCCUGCAAGACAAAGUCAUACGUCCGCUACGCCGCUCACUCUGGCGUCAAGCAGAUGACUUUUGACAACGCCGACGAGCUCUACAAGACGAAGCAGCUCUUCCCAGACGCUGAGCUGUACCUGCGCAUCUUGACGGACGAUUCGGCUAGCUUGUGCCGUCUGAGCCAGAAGUUUGGUGCCUGUUUGGACACCACUGCCGAGCUCUUGGAGCUUGCGAAGAAGCUAGAGCUCAAUGUUGUCGGUGUGGCUUUCCACGUCGGCUCGGGUGCUUCAGACCCGAAGGCUUUUAUCAAGGCUGUGCAGGAUGCCCGCUUCGUUUUUGACCAGGCGGCUGACCUCGGCUUUAACAUGCAUACCCUGGAUGUUGGCGGCGGCUUCACUGGCGACGAUUCGUUCGAGCCCAUGGCCGCAGUGCUGUCCGCUUCUCUGGACGAGUACUUCCCGCCCCACAUUCGCGUCAUUGGAGAGCCUGGGCGCUACUACGUGUCCACCGCCUUUACCAUCGCAUGCCACAUCAUUGCCCGCCGCACUGUCAAUGAUGCCACCCUGGGAACGACUUCGUAUAUGCUGUACCUCAAUGAUGGAGUUUACGGCAACUUCUCCAGCAUCAUCUUCGAUCACCAGCACCCAGUGCCGCGCGUCUUGACGAACGGUGACGACGUUUUGUACGAUACCCGUCCUUCCGGAUACGACACGCCUUCCCAAGUUGAGUACUCCAUCUGGGGUCCGACCUGUGAUGGCAUUGAUAUCAUCUCGUCCUCUUGCACGUUCCCUGAGCUGCUCGAUGUGGGUGAUUGGCUCUACUUUGAGGACAUGGGCGCGUACACGAAGUGCUCUGCUACGCGCUUCAAUGGCUUCACCGAUAGCCAUGACGUCGUGUACGUCUGCAGCGAGCCGGGUGCUAGUGCCUUGAUGGGCAUGUAA